UGCGGGCGGCAGCGGCGGCCGCAGGAUGCCCCGCGACAACAUGGCCUCCCUGAUCCAGCGGGUGGCCCGGCAGGCUCGCCUCACCUUCCGCCCGCCGGGGGGCGGGCCCAACGAGGGCGGCAGCGGCGGGCCGCGCUUCACGGAGAACCUGCAGCGCCUGCAGCAACUGCUGGACGAGGUACGGGCCGAGGACCUGCGCUUGGCGCCGCGCGGUCCGUCGGCGGUGCCGGGCGCGGUGCAGCCGCCGGUGAGCUACAUGCACAUCUGCGAGACGGAGAGCUUCAGCAUGGGCGUCUUCGUGCUGCGCGCCGGCGCCUGCAUCCCGCUCCACGACCACCCGGGCAUGCACGGGCUGCUCAAGGUGCUCUACGGCACGCUGCGCAUCGCCUGCUUCGACACGGCGGCGGGCGGCGCGGGAGGCGGCGGGGAAGGAGGCGGCGGCGGCGGCCCCGAGUCUGCCCUCGGGGCGUCAUCGGCGGCGGCCCCCAAGCAGCCGCCGCCGCGCUCGGCCUCGCCGCGCUGCCACCGCGCCCUGCUCCGCUCGCACCAGCUCUACACGCCCGCCUCGGCCCCCUGCCGCCUCUCGCCCCACACCGACAACCUCCACCAGAUCGACGCCGUGGGCGGCCCCGCCGCCUUCCUCGACAUCCUGGCGCCUCCGUACGACCCCGAGCGCGGCCGGGACUGCCACUACUACCGCCUGGGCGAGGGGCAGAGCCUGGCAUCAGAGGCCGAGCCGCAGGGGCUGCCCAAGGAGGUGUGGCUGCAAGAAACCCCGCAGGCGCCCGACUUCUGGUGCGGCGGGGAGCCCUACCCGGGGCCCCGCGUGUCUCCUUGAAGGACAGGCCCGGAGGGGCCGCUGCAAGAGGCCAGGAGAGCCCCCCUGCCUUCCCUGAUGAUGCCCGCCCGUCAGCCGAUGGAAGGCUUGGCCUGCCCAGCUCCUGGCCCGGCGGUCACUCCCUGCUGCUGCGUUGGAGACGUUUUUAAGCCAUAGUUGCCCUGACUUCCCCCUGACCGGAUGCUUGCCUGAGUCUAAUAGGAGCCACCGAGCCACCGCACAGCGGACUGCACAGAAGGGCAGCGUUCCUCGAGAGUGUCUGGAAGCAGGCCUGCACGCAUUGCAUCCUGGGGAGUUCACUUACUGGGGCUCUGAGAACAUCCCGGAGCACCAGCUGCAGGUCUUGAGACAAUGCACCUCUGUUAAUGUAUGGUUCAGGAAGGAAGGCAGACUCCUCGAGGAAUCUCUCACCCACCCCCCUGCGACAUUUCAAAUGGUGCAUGUGCAAGUAGGUCUUUCUGGGGCAUUGGCUCCUUGCCUUGCCCAGUAAGGCACAGCAGCCAGCUAAUGCUCCACAUGGGAACAGAGAACCCUACUGAGGCCAGUAAUGUCAGUUGCUUCCUGGUGGAUGCACUUCCCUUGCAUCAAGUUGGGAGAAAUGGCUCCGUCAAAUCAGGACACGAUUUGUAUCCCCUUUUCUCUCCUUACAGGGAAGUGAUGAAACUCUCCAGUUCCGCAAGUGCAAAGCAGUUGAGUGCUGUCAUAUUUAUUCCUACUUCCUGAUGUGAAGAUACAGGAGAGUCGUAAUGUUUCCCCUUCAGGCACUGAAGUAUUCAGCUUAAUUUAAAAAUACUCUUCAAGCUGUGAACCUUCGCUUUUUCCCUUCGGCUCCAACUAAAAGAAUAAAGGCAAUAAGAAUUCUGAAGCCUGCUAGUUGAGUGCCUUCUGAAAAGAACAGAUACUUUCCCAGCAGAUCAUGCAUCCAUUUGGUAGGAUUCCAGUAUGGAUUUUGGGGGGAAAUUUAUGAAGACAAUACCAAAUGGACUGGAGCAGGACAACAUACUUUAACACUAACAUUUGGGUUUAUAGUUAAAAUCAAGGUUUCAUUCAGUAUUCAGAUGCUGUCAGGUUGAAGUGAUCAUUUCAAAAAAAAUAUUACUGAUGUGUAAAGAGAACGUGUUUUAGAUAUUAAAAUGACAAUUCCUAGAUAAGGCUGUUUGUACCAUUCCUUAAUAUCCAGCAAUGGAAGAUUUUCUAGUUGGUUUUGCUCCAAAGAUUCAUUCACUCUGUGUGGGGGUGGGGGUGGAUUAUGCAACAUGUAACAGAUGGUGGUUUUGACACUUGAUGGUAAUAAGUUUCUAGCCUGAGCCUUCUAUAGAAUUGUAUAGUUACAGAAAGAUUGUGGCUUGAGUUUAGUUCUUUUGUUGUUUUGACACCUUGUGUAAACAGAUGUCCUUGAAGUAACAGUUUUCCUUUUUUUACUAUUUAUAGUUACCUUUGUAGAACU